AACGUUGCUUUAGUCUGAAACGUUACUCAUUCUGGAGAAGAUGUGGCUGCGCUUGUUACUACUCGGAUUGAUGUUGGUCGGAGUUCAGGCUUUGAUCUGUACGCGUCGUCCGGCUAAUACGGUCACGCACAAGUCCCCCGUCGAUGAGAAUUUUGUGAUAAGCAUAACAGACAAUCCGGAAACAUAUAUACUUGGUCAGGAAUACAACGUCUCCCUCAAUGCCUUCAAUGGACAUCGUUAUAUCAGCUAUAUAUUGGCUCUGGAGAAUGAAAACGGCGACUUCAAUUAUAACGAUGACUUGGGACACUUUGAGCUGAACGAUCGGAUCGAGACGCGGUUUAGUCCAAAUUGCAUUAACAUGGUGGAGAACACCAAUACCAAUCCCAAGACGCACAUGCAUUUGACUUGGGUGGCACCUAGUCGAGCAGGCAGUGGUUGUAUACUUAUACGGGCCACUGUGCUGCAACAUCGUGAGGUCUGGCAUAUGGAUGAUGGUGGAUUGACAAGGCGCAUAUGCGAAGAAGUGACCGACGAUGUGGAAAGUCAACCGACUCCAGUAUCUCCAGCUAUAGAUGUGCCAUGCUGUGCCUGCGAUGAGGCACGCUACGAGCUUAUUUUCGAAGGUGUCUGGUCACGUAAUUUGCAUCCCAAGGAUUUUCCUGCUCGGGCCUGGGAAACACGCUUUUGUGAACUAGUAGGCGCUGCCCAUAGCUCAGACUAUCGGUUCUGGGAGCCUGGAUCGCUGGCCAGUGAAGGACUUAAACAAUAUGCUCAGUAUUGUAACUCACGCCUUUUGGAACGAGAGUUUAGCAUGAACUUUCGGGAUCAAAAAAUACGCACGAUUAUUAAAGCUCGUGGUCCUGCCUAUCCAAAUUUAAAUGGAAAAACUAUGGCCUCUAUACGUGUGGAUCCAGUGCAUCAUAUGGUUUCUUUUGCCUCCAAAAUUGAACCGUCACCCGAUUGGAUUGUCGGCAUCAGCGGCGUGGAGCUUUGUUUACGGAACUGCACUUGGUUAGAGGAGAAGGUUAUUAAAUUGUAUCCCUGGGAUGUGGGCACCGAUGCAGGACCCUCCUACAGAUCCUCUGAUCAACCACAAGUGCCACCAGACGUCAUCAGGCGUAUGCGCUCGGAUUUUCCCAAUGACCCUCGGUCCCCGUUUUAUGACAAAGAUGGAUCCCCCAUGAAACCGAUGGCCGUGUUGACGGUGCGAAGACAACGUCUUUACGAACGACGCUGUGCGGAUGAAGAUUCAAAUAACGAUGCUGAGGUACCUCGGGAAUGCCUGACCCAUCCGUGGUCUAGUUUUAGUGACUGUUCCUCCAAAUGUGGCCCCGGCAUGCAGUAUAGAAGACGCGUCUACAAGCAGCCAGAGCUGGCCAAAGUAUACAAUUGCAAUGUUCCCCAAUAUGAGGAGCGUGAAUGUCAAGGAGAAAUCUGUGGCCAAAAUCAUAUUAUGCCUUUUGAGGAAGAGACAGGCUUUGAUGAUCUUGCAAUGGGAGGGCCAGGUCGUCAGCAGCAGCAACAGCAACAACACCAGCAGCACAGUCGAGCAGAGUGCCAGUUGGGUCCAUGGAGUGGCUGGAGUUCCUGCAGUGUCACCUGUGGCGAGGGAUAUCAGAUUCGACAACGUCAAUACAUAAAUCCGGGAGUAGAGCUAAAAUGCCAAAGUGUUUAUCCUUUGGAGUUGAAAGAGAUGAGAAAAUGUGCGGGCCAAGCGUGCUUGGGUAACUUACGCGGAACCCAAUAUGGCAGUGGAGCCUUUGAUGAUCAAUACGGAGCGGCCGGAGGAGGUGGCACGUACGAUUCCCAGCCAGAAGCAGAGCAAGAACAGCAAACAUACGAUGGCAACAAUUUAUUUGAGGACAAACAAUCUGGGUAUGGUGGCAAUUUGGAAGUUGGCGACCUAAAGGGUUCCGACUAUAAUUGGGAUCAAAAUUCAAAUACUAAUACCCAAUGGAGUCAGCCAGGACGACAGUCACAGAGACAGCCAGGACAGUCACAGAGACAGCCAGGACAGUCACAGAGACAGCCAGGACAGUCACAGAGACAGCCAGGUCAAUCACAGAGUCAGCCAGGACAAUCACAGAGUCAGCCAGAUUGGCAGUAUCCGAUGCCGCCCAGCAGACAACAAUCCCCACCACGUUUGGAGGAUAUGCAACGUUCCUCCUGGCAACAAGGCCCAGUUCCAAACACACCAUUUGAGCCCAAACAAAAUGUUUGGAACAACAAUGGUAACAGCUUCAACAUCGGCUUAGAAGAAUCCUUGGGUACAUUAGAUCCCGAUAUUCCAGCUUCUAGUCACUGCUUUCAAAUGCUGAACACUGUCCAACCUCGCUGCCCAGAUCAAACCAUAACAGGACACUACUGGUUCUACAAUUUCUGUGCUGACGAGUGCAUGAUCUAUGCAGCGGAUUUGUGUGAUCGUAAUAUGAAUAAGUUCACACGGUUUGAGGAGUGCGAGAAGUGUCGAGUACCGCAGAAUGCUGCACUCUUGCAACAACACAAAAAUUCGAUGCAAUGUCAAGUAAUAUUGACCGCCCUAAGAGCGGGGGAAACAUCGCGUGACGAACAGAGAAAUGUCUACAAUUAUAACCAACCUUUCAAUAGUCGUAAUUAUGGAAAGUAAUGCCUAAGCUUAUUGUUAGAUUUAAAUGUACUAAAAAUACUAAAGGAUAAAUAAAUUAAUAUA